AUGAUGAUCACUGAUUUUAAUCAUGAUUGUUUCUAUUCACCAAUAACUAAGAGUGCCAGUUUGAAUGAAACCACUUAUAUAAUUGAGCAGAUCGUUGAAUAUUGUAUUCGAACACUUUCGAAAGAAAUAAUCGAUAUUAAUGAAAAAUCAAUAUCAUCUAAAUUAACGUUUGAUGAAUUAAAAAAGAAUAAUAUAACUUCUACUGAUCUAAUGCAAUGGUCAAGUCCUAUUGAUCUUAUCGAACGUUAUGAAUAUUUUCUGCAAAUGAACACAACUUCAGCAACUGACGUAUUUUAUAAUUGCACUCCACCAUGGUUUGGAUCAAUUUGUCAAUAUCGAUUUGUUUUAAAUCAAUCAUUCUCAUCUUUUAUUCAAAUGAGAAUUGACGAGCGCAAGUUGUUCGAUGAAAAUACGACAUUAACUUGUUACAUACAUAUGAAAUGUGAUAAUCAUUCAUUUCUAACCUGUCUCGACUGGCGUGACAUAUGUGAUGGAAAGGUGAACUGUCUUGACGAUGGUGAAGAUGAAAAAUAUUGUAUUGAACUUGAAAUGAAUCGUUGUGAAGAAAACGAAUAUCAAUGUCAAAAUGGUAUGUGUGUGAAUGAAGAUUUCCUUUCAGAUGAAGAUAUUUCACCGUUUCGUAUUUAUAAUCCAGAGUGUUUAGAUGGAUCGGAUGAAAUUCGAGUCAAAGACUUGGCUUCAUGCGCGAGAGACUCAUCUUUUAAAUGUGAAGACGUUCUUUGUCCACAACAUACUAAUUUUAACUGCGGAGAUGGAACUUGCCUUGCUGUGGAAGUAACUCGAGGGAUUAUUCCAUGCACAAAUAAUCGAGAUCGAGCAAUGAACUAUAUGUUUGACUGGAACAAUCCUGUGGAUGCACGAUAUUCUCGUUGUUUCAAAACUCUUAUGUGCGUAUCAUACCCAUUUUUAUCGAGAAACUUUGAUAAAUAUUGCAAAAAUUUAUGCAAUAAUACACAAGAAUGUAAAAUACAAACUAUUAAAGAUUGCCCACCUGCAUUCAUUGCACCUACGCUUCCAGUAUGGGAUGGUCAUGUACGAUUUGGCUAUUUCUCUAAUGAAACAACUAUCAGACGAUCUGGAUAUGAACCUGACUUUGUAUGUUAUAACAAAGAUCUUUGUUCAUUUCCAAUUCCAACAUUCACACUAGAUAGUUAUACAUGUUUACAUACUAACCAAUUAAAUUUAACAUCAAGUUAUACUGUGUAUGACAUUUUCAGAGCAUGUAAUCAACUCUUUAAAACUGAUAAUGAGAAUACUUGCCUCGAUCCAACUACAGUACGUUGUUCAGGAACGAAUAAAUGUAUACGUAAGCGUCGAAUCAUGGAUGGAUUUGCGGAUUGUUAUGAUGGUUUUGAUGAGUCAAUUGCAGCUAACUCAUGCGCACUGAAUGAUAAACAUCGUUUUCAAUGGAGCAGUCAUCCUAUUCCGCAAUGUUGA